AUGGACGUGCCGAGAGUGCCUUUUCGCAACUACGGAGAAGAACUGCCUAAAUUAACGUUUGGAAUGCUCAAUGGAGAAGAGCUUUGCCACAGUCCGGGCUACGAUCCGCCUUCGACUGUGAUGUCGAGGUAUCUGAAUAUAUCGGUCUCAACCUACAAGGAUAAAACAGAACUGAGACCUAGCAGUGGUGAAUUUGCCAGUGGAGGGGGACGCGAAUCAAAGAGUGGUGCUGCCAGUGGAUCACACAACAUAACCGUUAAUAAAAUAACGCAAGAUAGCCCAGCAUCCCAUCAAUGUGGAGUAGAAGGCUUUGUUGGCCUGCAGGUGGAUGGCGAAGCUAUACCGCAUGGUCGAUUUCCUUGGAUGGCAGCCCUCUACCAUGAUGAUGACCCCGAUCCGAAAAAGCUGCCCAUUGUCUGGGAAAAGAAACUCGAGGAGCUGCGAAUAUAUGUGGGCUGCCACGAUCUGAGUUCGCAUCCCGAAACCGGAGCUAUCGUUAUGGACGCGGAAGUGUUACACGCAUCCGAACUUUGUGUGAAAUGUGGUCCUUGCAUGGGUGAUUCGGGAGCUGGACUCAUGAUUAAGCACAGUGGGAAGUGGAUGUUGCGUGCCAUCAUCUCUCUUGCCCAGCGCUCGGGCAACAGCUGCGAUCUGUUCGGAUACGUCAUCCUACUGUGA